AUGAGACUGAGACUCCUCCUCCUCAUCGCGGCCGCCGUCGCGCCCGCUGCUUCCCUAUCGCUGCACACUGCCGCCUUCCUUCUUCCGCGAGCAGCGGUCGCCUCGCCUUCGCUGCGGACGGUCUCGCUGCGUCCUGCUGCAACGCGAACAGCGCGUGCGCGGCCGCCUAGCGCAACUGCCGAGCCGCUCGCGGCUGCCGCUGCCUUGAGCGCUGCUGACAGCGCGAGUGUGCUGGUGGGGGCCGACAUGUUUGGAAAGACCUUCCUCGCGGGCAUCUCCAUCGCCGCCGCCACCCUCGUCACCACCAUCUUUGCGAUCGACGACCUCGAGAUGAGCACCGCCGUCGACGCCGAGGUCUCCGACUUCUUUGGCUCGAACCUCAACCCCGAAUCGGCGCCUCCCGCCGAGACUGCGUGCGAGAGAUUUUCAACCAAGGAGAGAGCGCCCCCUGGCGGCGGAUCUGCGGGUGGACCUGCAGAGCGGAGCGACGCGCCGAGUGCCCCCGCCGAGAAGCUCCCGUGACGCGGCACGGGGCGGGCGCCGUCCCCGCGCCUCUCUCUCGCGCGCUUGCCCACGGGCAGACCCGGUGGCGCGUUGUGUCGUCCCUCCUCGCGGGUGUGCGUGUGUGGCGUGUGCCUGCUGGUGUGCUGCCUCUCUCAGUCGGCGCGGCGGCUUUGGCCGGUGCGCGCUGUGACUGUCCCGCCCCCUUGUGCUACUGCUACUAACUCUCCAUGAGAAACAAA